UAUUAUCAAACUAUCUUAAUCAAACCAUUUACCUUAAACAAAAGUAUAGGCGAUAGAAAUUUCUACCCUGGUGCAAUAGACACAGUACCGUAAGGGAAGGAUGAAAGAACUGUAUCGAGGACUAAAAAGCAAAGACAAGCCCUUAUACCUUCUGCAUAAUGCAUUAACUAGAAAUAACCUUACAUAGAGAACUAUGGCCAAGUCUCCCGAAACCAGACGAGCUACCCAAGAAUAGCUGAAAGAGCACACUCGCCUAUGUGGCAAAACAGUGGGAAGAUUCAUGAGUAGCGGUGACACGCCUACCGAGCCUGGUGAUAGCUGGCUGGCUUAGUUCAACUUUCAACUUACCCACAGAAUUACUUAAACUCCCUUUAAGUUUAACUGUUAGUCUAGAGAGACAGACAGCUCUUUAGACCCUUCCUACAGAGAGUAAAAAACAUUACCACCACAGUUGGCCCAAAAGCAGCCACUAAUUAAGAAAGCAUUUAAGCUCAAUAUCUAACUAUCUUAAAUUCUAACCAGUCUACUGAACUCCUAACAUCACAUUGGACUAAUCUAUUACUUAAUAGAAGCAGUAAUGUUAAUAUAACUAAGAUGAAGACAUUCUCCAUUGCAUAAGCUUACAUCAGACGGGAGUAACCCACUGACAGUUAACAUCCCAAUAUUAAUAAAUGAUAUAAUAAAUACCGUAUUAUUUGCACUGUUAACCCAACACAGGCAUGCUCUAAGGAAACAUUACAAAAAAUAAAAGGAACUCAGCAAAUCUUACCCCGCCUGUUUACCAAAAACAUCACCUCUAGCAUUACCAGUAUUAGAGGCACUAUCUGCCCAGUGACAUAUAUUCAACGGCUGUGGUAUCCUGACCGUGCGAAGGUAGCAUAAUCACUUGUUCUCUAAAUAGGGACUUGAAUGAAUGGCCACACGAGGGUUCAGCUGUCUCUUACUUUCAACCAGUGAAAUUGAUCUAUCCGUGAAGAGGCGGAUAUAAACAAAUAAGACGAGAAAACCUUAUGGAGCUUUAAUUCAUCAAUGCAAAUAA